UAAUGUUCUUCUUGCCCGAUAGCUUUUCUUCUUUCUUUUUUUUUUUUUUCUUUUUUGGGGGUCCAAAAAAUCCAAAGCUCAAUAACAGUAGUAUCUCUUCCUGAUCAAAUUCCACUGCUUUUCAGAUUGAUCAAAUUUUGAUCCAUCAGUCCUAGUAGUAAUUAAUGGAGAGUACGGAUUCAUCCACUGGCUCUCAGCAGCCUCAGCUUCCUCCCGGCUUUCGCUUCCACCCCACCGAUGAAGAGCUUGUAGUCCACUACCUCAAGAAAAAGGCCGCCUCAGCUCCCCUUCCCGUUUCCAUCAUAGCUGAAGUCGAUCUCUAUAAAUUUGAUCCUUGGGAGCUCCCAGCGAAGGCGACUUUUGGCGAACAAGAAUGGUACUUUUUCAGUCCGAGGGACAGGAAGUAUCCCAACGGGGCACGGCCGAAUCGGGCGGCUACGUCGGGAUACUGGAAGGCUACGGGGACUGACAAGCCUGUGCUUACCUCUGGGGGGACGCAGAAAGUUGGGGUGAAGAAAGCUCUGGUGUUCUACGGGGGAAAGCCACCAAAAGGGAUCAAAACUAAUUGGAUCAUGCAUGAGUAUAGGCUGGUUGAUAACAAAACUAGUAUCAAGCCUCCAGGUUGUGAUAUUGGCAACAAAAAAGGCUCCCUCAGGCUUGAUGAUUGGGUGCUAUGUCGGAUCUACAAGAAGAACAAUACACCAAGACCAAUGGAUCAUGACAGGGAUGAUUUGAAUGAUAUGAUGCCAUCAAUCCCUCCAUCUUUCCCGCCUUCAAUGUCUAUGUCGUCACAACAGAAGAUUCUGGGACUGAAGGCUUCAAACUUUGGUGCAUUGCUCGAAAAUGAACAAAGCGCGUUUGAAGUACCGGGGAUGCUGAGUAGUGAAGGUAACUCUAUGUCUCAGUUAACUUCAUCUGGGGCCGCAAAAUCACAGCUGCCUUUGGUUGGUUCAGCUUCCAAUCAUGUCAUCCCUGCAAAGAGAGCACUCCCAGCUCUGUACUGGAACGACGAGGGAAACCCAAUUUCUCCAUCGAAUAAGAGGUUUCUUGCUGAUAGCAGUGAUGGAAACAUUGGGAGGACUAAUAAUGAUGAGAACAGUUCAAUCGCCACCCUCUUGAGUCAGCUUCCUCAAACAACUUCAUUGCACCAACAAGCAAUGUUGGGAUCUCUUGGAGAUGGGGUUUUUCGACAGCCUUAUCAAGUUACUGGCAUGAAUUGGUACUCAUAGAUGGGUUGCAUGAUUCAUGAUGGUUUAAUUAUAGGCAUGAUUAUUUAUGUUUUAAAUUUUCAAGACAAUUUUUAUAUGCUGAUGACGGAAACCAAGGAGUUAAGUUUGGAUGAUGAGUAUCCGAAGAUUGAUUGCCGGAAUGGAGGUUGAAAUUUCGUGCUAAGCAUAUUAUGCCAAGACUUCUCAGUUGAAAUUUCGCCCGCGGUUCUCGAUGGAGCUUUUAGCCAAUUGUAGGUGAGGCCGUGCAUAUUUAACAGCCGGAUUAAUAUGGAUACUUCUCUAUAGGAUUGGUUAUUCUUAGACUUCCAGAAGAAUUUUCUACUCUUUCUUUAGAGAAAUAGGGGAUAAAUACCUACCUAUAUCUUCUUCUAGAAUGCAGCAACUUAAUGGUAUUUGAAGAAAAUGUAGCACAAUAUUGCUCUUUAUUGUAUAGUAAAUUUAAGGGAGUAUACAAGUAACUCUGCUUGCU